AUGGGGGGGCCCAAGCGGCAGAGUGGAGCGCCCGGUGCCGCCAUGAGGGUGCUAGUGGGAGGCGGAACUGGGUUCGUGGGCACUGCCCUGACGCAGCUGCUGCGGAGCCGCGGGCAUGAGGUGACUCACAUCUCUCGGCGACGGGGCAGGGACCGCAUCAGCUGGGAAGAGCUGUCCCGCUCUGGACUGCCCCUGUGUGAUGCUGUGGUGAAUUUAGCUGGUGAAAACGUCCUCAACCCUUUCCGCAGAUGGAAUGAUGCCUUCUGCAAGGAAAUCAUCAGCAGCCGGGUUGAGACCACCAAGACCUUGGCCAAAGCCAUUUCUGAUGCUGAACAGCCACCCCGUGCUUGGGUCCUCGUCACUGGCGUAGGCUAUUAUCACCCCAGCCUCACAGCUGAGUACACUGAGGACAGUCCUGGGGGAGAUUUUGACUUCUUCUCACGCCUGGUGAGCUCCUGGGAGGCUGCAGCUGUCAUCCCUGGGAGCCCAGCUCGUGGUGUUGUGGUGAGAUCUGGGGUAGUGCUGGGCCGAGGUGGUGGUGCAAUCUCUCAGAUGCUCUGGCCUUUCCGUCUGGGCCUAGGAGGCCCCAUGGGCUCUGGGCUCCAGCCCUUCCCAUGGAUCCACGUUCAGGACCUGGCCGGGAUUGUUUCUCAUGCCCUGGAGAGUGAGUGCCUGCGAGGUGUCCUCAACGGCGUCUCCCCAGCCGCCCCUGCCACCACCAAUGGCAGCUUUGCUCAGGAGCUUGCUGCAGCUCUGGGCCGCCCAGCCCUGCUGCCAGUGCCGGCCUGGGCAGUGCGGGCUGCCUUUGGGGCAGAGCGUGCCCUGCUGCUGCUGGAGGGGCAGCGGGUGGUGCCCAGGCGCACCCUAGAGAGCGGCUACCGCUUCAUCUUCCCUGACCUGGCUGCAGCUCUGAAGGACAUCGUGGCUUGAGGCCUCCUUUUGCGGGAGAGGGUGGCCCUGCCCCAUCUGACAGUGGGGGCAAGCAGUCUGAGCAGCCUUCCCCUUGCUAUCUCCCUUUACACAUCCCCAGUUCAGGAGUCCAUCUCUUAUGGCCAUCUGUAGUCUCCACAUGCGUGCUUCUGGGGAAGGGCACAAGCACCUCACAAGGUUGUGAUUGCUAAAUCUGCCACCUUCCCUCUUUGCAUGGGUGGGACUGGUGCCUUUGGACUGUCUGCUGAGGCUUUAGGUAGGUGUUGACUACAUCUGAGCUUGUGCUGGGGAGAAACUACGUAGUCCAUUGUGGUGUGAAGAAGUGCAAGACACCACUUAGGUCUGGAGGGACCCCUUCAGCUUUUGCCUUGGUUGUAGUUCCCUAAUCCCAGGCAGGGUGUUACAGAGGCCAGCAGGGUGUUAGAGGUCAGCAGGCUGACCUGUGCUGGGUUACAGGCCCAGUUCAGUGUGGAGCAGUGCAGUGGGGACAGGCAACUGUUUCAUCUGGAGUUAUUCCAGCCAGCUUCUUAGAGCCUGGGGUUUCAGUCUGCUCCCCAAGAUGAUGUGGGCUAUAGAAUCCCUCUGUCAGGCUUGCUGAUUAGUAGCUCAGUUUGCUUGUGGAGCUGUGUGUACCUGAAUGAUUGCAACAGCUGUGGGUUGUGAUAGGAAAGCAAGACAAAUACUGCUGGAGAAGCACUGGCAGCCCAUGGCUCUUCUGGAAGGGGACUGCAAAUCCAUGGGAGCUCACCACUCAGCAGAGGUCUCAGGGCUGUCUGCCUAACUGGAUGUGUAACUCAGGAUUUUGAGAGGUUGCCUCUGUGUGACAUUUGGCUCAGGAUCCCUCUUGUCUGACCACUGGCCUGCCUGGUACCCAAGGUCUCUGCCCAAGCUGAAGGACACAGCUGCUGCUUUCCUGUUUCCUGAAGCACUUACCAGAGACACACACAGCUGCCAGAUGACACAGACUGCCCCAGGCAAGACCCUGCUGUCAGCAGCACACACACAUGGGACUCCAGUACAGGAGCACAGCCAGCUGGGUCCCUUCCCACUCGGUGCCAGCACAGGUCAAGGCUGCUUGCUUCUUUAGUAUGACUUCAGAAGCUGGCAGGAAAUCCCCUGGCUGGUUGCCCUGUAGCUGGCACUUCAUCCCUGCAGCACAUGUGCAUGGGAGGAGAGACUGCACGGAGCUAUGGAAGAGUUUAAGGAGACAGGCUGUGAUGAUCAAGUGUGGAGUUCAGCUGGAGCAGCACUGACUGGCAGGCGCUUGCCAUCCACCAGCCUCCUCUGUAUCCCUUUUUUGCCAUCUUUGCUACUUGCAGCUUCCCUGCUCUUGCACAUUUCCUCAGCAGGCCACAGUCUUGCCAGCUCCAGCACCCUGGACACUCGUUUGCACCUUUACCAGCUGCAAAGUCCUGGUUGCCAGCAGCUCCUUGAGAGCUGAUCAGUAACUGAUGCUGUCUGUCUCUGGGUGUUGGCAGUGCUAAUGGGCCAGGAUUUACGAUUCUGUGUUUGCCUCCCUCCCUUUCCUUAACUUCCCAACUGUAAAAAUAAAUGUUCUGAGU